UUAAAGUAUAGAACAGCCAGUGUUCUGUCCGCCAUGUUGGUUCCGUGAUGUUGACAAGUUGUUGUGAGUUUUGAUCAGUUGUGAUGAAUGUGAGAGUUUUAUCCGUCCUGGCAGGUCUUUACUGACUCCUAACCGCACCAGUUCAGCACUGAAUAACCCACGGAACGUACUCAGCGCACGGGAACAACUGUCAGGAUGCCCCGCUCCAGGUCACGUCGGGACAUGAACCUUCUUCAGGCCAUCCUGGACACGGAGGGGUUCGGGGAGAGCGAGCAUCCCGGGUCAGACAGCACCCUCAACACCACCUCCAGCGUGGGGAGCAACCCACGCAACAACCCACGCGCCAACCCACGCUGCAACCCACGCGGGGCAGACCCGCUCGACCUGGCACUGCAGCAGAAGCACCGCGAGCUGCAGCUGUUGCUAUGGCAACAGCACAUGGAGCGACAGGUGCUGAUGCAGAGGCAGGUGUUGCAGCAGCAGGUGGUGAUGCACAGGGCAUCUUACCAGCACAGGAGAGGUAAGAGAGGAAGACAGCAGAGAGGGCCUGUUAACAUUCCACUAGGGAGUAUCCCUCCCCCAGUACAGCCGUAUUACCCUGUAGUGGCCACACGUGUUCCUACGCAAGUUCAGAAGUCCCAGACUAAGGUGGAAAGUAGUACCCAAACGGUGGAAAUGGAAAAGUUGGCACUGAAAGACAAAGACAACAAAAUGGAAGGUAAAAAGAUAAGAGAGUCUUCAAAGUCAAGGAGGGAACAAGAUGAAGACAGACAGAAGGAACUUCAAAGAAUCUCUAAGAGGAGAGACAAGGAGACUUCUUCGAAACAUAAAAAUGAAGAAAGGAAGUCAUCAGAGAAAGACGACAAAGCACAGCGGAAGGAAGGAAAGAAAACAAAAAAAUCAGCUGAAAUUUUAAGGGAAGAUCUCAGCCCUGAAGGUCAAACCAAGGUGAGGAGCAGAGAGGCAGAUGAAGGUCAAGUCAAGGAGACAGGUCAACAUAGUCCAAGGUUUUCUGAGGAGGAAAAGGAAGGCAGGGGAGACUCAGACUCUGAGAGAGGUCGUAGGCAUGGUGAUGACCUUGGUAUUAGUAAGGAUAGAGACAGCAGUCAUUGCCAUGGAAACGAGGAUCAGCACCAAGGAGACGGCAAGCUUUGUGAUGUAAAUGGAAAUCUUCAUAGAGACAGUAGCAAUAGGAAGGAGAGUCCCCACAAAGAUGGUGGCCACCACCAUGAGGUGAAAGGUGAUCUCCAUGGAAACGACCGGGAUGCCUCUCCACACCGGGAUGCGAGUGAUUCGGAGUGCUCAGACAGUGAGUACUCCUACAGCAGUUACAGCGACAGUUUCUCAUCUAGCGAUGAGAGCGACAUCUCCAAGAGCGGGAAGGGAAGCCAGAAGAGUGGAAGCGAUGAAGGGGGAACAAAGAGGGUAACAUUUGCCGAGGAAGGAAGGAGGGAAGAGAAGAAUGGUCAGGCGGAGGAAGACACGGAGGAGAUGCAUGCUGAGAAAGCAGAGAAGCUGAGAAAGGCAGAAGAGAAGGAGGUUAAGGAAACUUCAGGAAAGCGGAAGAAGCCGAGACAACAGAGUGCAGGCAGGAAGAGAACAUCCACACAUCCACAGUUCACUGUCACCUCACUCUCCAGCAGGUACCUCAGUCUGGUCUCCUCACUGCUGGAGUUAAAGCUCAACCCACACUGCCCCGGGAAGGAGAGGCCCCGCACGCUCUCCUCCCAGGGGAAGAACAUCUCCGAGGAGAUCCUGAAGAAGCGAGCGAGGGAAGAAAAGAAGAAGAGAAGGAUGGAGAGGAAACAGGAGGAGGAGGAGGCAGCAUCCCCCAGGGAGAAACAACCGUUCCAGCCGUCCGACCACAACCUGAAGAACUCCGACAACCCCCAGGUUCAGGAGUGGCUGUUGAAGAAGUGGCCAGCCCAGCGGCAACAGCGGAGAGAGGAGAGAGCCAAACGGAGGCUGAAAACUCCAGGUUCAGGAGUGGCUGUUGAAGAAGUGGCCAGUGCAGCGGCAGCAGCAGAGAGAGGAGACAGCCAAGCGGAGGCUGAAAACUCCGACAACCCCCAGGUUCAGGAGUGGCAGUACAGGAAACAGUUAGCCAAGCGGCAGGAAGAGUGGGCCAAACAGAGACAGCAGUUAAUGGUUAUCUGUGACUAA